CAGUUCAGACCCUGAAAACAUCAACGUAAAAGGACCUAAAGUCCACAUUAUACAGAUUCAGGUGUUCAAAUGUGAGCUGAACAAACAAUUAUUUUCAUUAAGGAAUAUCUUAAAGAAAUCGACAACCUGUUUGAGACGUUCAUCCGGGUCAUCGGGGACCACGUGGAAAGCAAUAAAUCUGGACGAUGUCACAAGAGGAUCGUGUUCCUGAUACUCCCGAUGGUAGGAUCAAUGAUUGGCUGAAAGGCUGGGACCAGGGGCACUGGGACUUCACCUUCACGGAACCCGGCCAAAAUCUGGCGAAAUAUUUUGAGAAAGUUACUGACGGACGGAAAGGAAUGAAAGUGCUGGUCCCACUCUGUGCGACGACCUUCGACCUCAUCUGGUUCUGUGAGCGAGGACACACUGUGGUUGGCGCUGAUCUGGCCGAGAGCGCCGCACAGCGGAUCUUCAAGCAGUACAAGCAGAAACCUAUCAUUGAAGACGCCCCCAGUAUCAACGGAAAACUGUACAAGAAUGCAAGUGGUAACUUCAAGUUCUACGUGGGGAACUUCUUUCGUUUUAAUGAGAAUCUCGAGGGGAAGUUUGACUUUGUCUGGGACGCUGGAGCCAUGUGUGCUGUAGAUGAAAGGGACAGAGACGAGUACAUGAAAGCUGUCAGGGGAGUUAUGGGGCCCAAGUGUAUCACAAUGCUGGAGUUUCCCAAGAAAGGAGGUUCAGGGGCUCCCUAUCACUUCAGUGAAGGACAGUUGAAGGAAUUAUACGUGCUUGUGGGUAUUGACAAAGCGGCAUUCUAUAAAAGACCUGCUUCGCCUCCGUCUGUCCCACUACACAAAGCCGACAAGCUAUUCAAAACGUGUCCAGCACGUUUUAUGUCAGGUCCUGACAUCACUGUUUGUGAUAUGUCCGUUCUAGGGUUGGCUAUCCAUAUAGAUCGUAGAGAUCGAAAAUCGUUACUAAAUAUCGAUCGAUUAUCGAUGAAUAUCGGAGACGUAAUUUUCAGCAAAAAUGCCCCAAAAAAGUCUGAAGGUAAUCACCAUAUUCCACAGUCAUUUUAGCCGGCCCUACUCUGU